AUGGCAUCUCUGCCAUCAGAACUACCUUCGUCUCUCUCAACCUCUCGGACCAAUCUGGCGCAAACCAAUUGCUUCCCAACCACAUCGCGCAGCUUAUCCAGCCGAGCUGAAAUCGCGCCCAGUCAAUGUUCCCUUUCCAUCGAUGACCACUACCGCAAGCUCUGCUUCGUUCCUCACCUGGAAGUCUACGCCCUUCCUGUACCCUUGAUCAUUGCCCAUCGGUACUGGGGCUACACACACCAUGGAGACAGUAACAGCCGCAAAACCUUCACGCCCUCACCACCUCUACCUACCGUUAUCGGAAGCGCUUUCAAAAGGUGUCUAAGCGAGCUGAAGACGUUCGUGAGCUGGGACGAUUGCAAUUUUUGCCCAAGAGUUCACCAAGGACACAAGAAAUUCAUCGACGAGAAGCUUGACGAGUUUGAGUAUUACGUAGAUGUUCACGGUAGGUACCAGGAGGGUUUGGCACCAAGGCACUCGCCUUCCACGGCGCGCACGCGUGCGCGUGCGGGUCGGACGGCAACGACAACGGCGCAGAAAGCCUCUACCGUAGCUAAACAGAAUAGCGCUUGUCAGCCCAAUGAAACUUGGGCAAAGGGAGCUGAGAAGACGUGGGCACCUUGCACUGGGCUUAGUGCACUGGCAGAAUCCAGCAUGUUGAGCACCACUACGACCAACCAGCAAAGAAUGAGCACCUCGGCAACGCCUGUCGACAUGCAUAAUGUCGCGUUUUUGGCCAACGCUGUGCCAACCUCCACCGCAGCCUCGACCGCCAACAACAGCCCGUCACGAACACAAGCAAAGAGGCGCGAUCGGUUCCAGCCCGACUCUCUGCUCUUGGAUUGUGGGCGAUUCACUACUUUUACCUCAUCCAACGCUUGCACACGAACCCACCUCUCCGUCCAAGCAUCGCUCGCCGACGUCAUUCGCGACCUCAAUCGCGCCGUCCUGCGCUUCAGCGUCGACAACGGCGACAACAUGAUCUAUGUCGAACUCGCGAGCCUGGUCGCCCUACUCAACUACGCUGCCGCCUUCUACCACGAUAUUGCCGAACGCAUCGAGACCUACAUGCAAAUUCGUAUCGGACAACAAUCGAUCGAUCGAUGCUCCCAAGCCAUCUACGCCACUCGUGCGUCCUACAUCGAAGCGGAAGAGAACAACUCCGAAGCAUGCGACAAGCCGAAAGUCGAGGCUGAGCGCGAGGAGAGAAGAAGCGAAUUACAAUCUGGCUUUCUGAACAUGGUUCCGGACAUGAUGGAUCUGAGGGAUGGAGUGCAGACGGUGUUGUUCACGUUUGUCUGGAUCAACUACACCGCGUACAAGGGGUUCGAUGCGGCGAUGAGGGCGACACUGCACGUGGUGAUUCCGUUGUUGGAGACCGUGGUGGUCAGAUGUGCGCGUCAGGUGCUCCUCGUGGAACAUGCGUUGUCUGCAACGCACAAGGCUUCAAAAUUGGACCAGGUUCAGAACGUAAAUGCGCUGGAUGUGCAGUUGGAUCUGCUGAACCUCGGUGCAGCGUUACAGAACGUCUCUGGUUGUGGACUGGCACUGUUCACGUCGUCGGACAAGCACAUUAAGGCAGCAAGAGGAUGGAAGGAGAGUCUGGUCAACUGUCCCUACUCCGUGCAUCUCUAUUCGGCAGCGCUGACCGAUAUGGCAUUUCAAAUACUGGCCGAGGUGCACAUGGCAGUUGCGAUGGGUGGGUUUGCCAAGCUGUCCAGCAAGGUCGAGAGGAGAUGCAAGCAAGGAUGUGCCUGUUCAAGCAUGCAUGACAGGAUCAGGGAGAUGAGCAGAUUUUUGACGUUGGUCGAGAAAGAGCAGAUUGAUUGGAAACCGCUUGUCCGCAGAGCAAAGGCACGCAAGAAGGGCAACAAGAAGCGAAAUUCGAAAGCCAAACCAUCUAGCACCGUUCACAAGGACGAGCGAGCGAACCAAGGCUGGGUGAGCGACAUCUCUUCUAACGUGCCCCACCAUUCAGCAGCAAGUUGUGAACCAGCAACGGUGAUUCGACCAAAGAGGUGCCAGCCGCCGUGCAGCCGUCCUCCACGCGAAAGUGCAACGACGACGAAACACGGCUAA